AUGGCAGUCAAGAACGCUGAACCAAUUGGCCGGAGAUUCAUGGCUCAGGCCAUUGAUCGUCUCUCCGAGUUGGAACCAGACAGGAAAGUCUGCAUCGUACCAAAGGGCCCUAACAGUUCGGACGGUUUCUAUGACCUGACUUUUAAGCAACUAGCCCAUGCGAUAAACUACAUGUGUUGGUGGAUAGAGGAGUCCUUUGGGCGCAAUGCCUCCUCGCCUGUGACAUUAGCCUACCUUGGGGCAAAUGAUAUCCGCUAUCUGGUGAUGGUGAUGGCCUGUAACAAGACAGGAUAUCAGCCAUUGCUCUCUUCUACUAGGAACUCUCAAGCUGCUCAACUUCGUCUUCUUGAGAUGACAGGCUGCUCAAAAGUUGCGUAUGGGGUCGAACGAAAGCAGAAGGUGGAUGAUAUACGAGCUCUCUACCCCGAUUUGCAUAGUGUGCAAAUUCCAUCACUAGAUAAUAUGCUUGAGGGUAACGCCAGUCCAUACCCAUUCUCAAAAAAUUUUGAUGAUGCCAAAAACGAAGUAGCCUUCAUUGCUCAUAGCUCAGGUACAACUGGUUUUCCAAAGCCCAUACGCCUCACUUACGGCUACUUUGGUGCUCUUGACCAUGGCGCAUACGUCUCCAUUCCCCAAGGACGAACGGCAGGUGUGCCAGAUCGGCUUACCCCGAAUGAUCUUAUUAUGGCCACAACUCCAUUCUUUCACAUGAUGGGCUUUGCCGUACUUAUAAUGGCCGUAUUUCACAGGAUCCCGUGCGUAAUUUUACCUGACCGGCCAAUGUCCACGGGAUUUUUGACCUCGGUGAUCAAUUCCAUCAAACCAACAGCGGCGUUGUUUGCCCCAUGCAUUUUAGAGGACAUGUCCACGUCUCCUGAAGCUAUGCACGCACUUUCCACUCUUAAACAUGUAUACUAUGGAGGCGGCCCUCUUGCAUCUGAUAUCGGAAACAAGAUUUGUGAGUGCACCAAGCUCAUUAACUUUAUUGGGAUGACUGAAUGUGGGUUUGUCCUAUCUAUGGCUCCACUGGACAAGGAAGACUGGUCUUACUUUGAAUGGAGCUCAUCUUUCGGAAUUAAGAUGGAGCCAAUGGCCGAUGGCCGAUCCGAGAUGGUUUUGUAUAGGCAUGAGAGGCCAGAUCUCCAGCCCGUAUUCAACACCUUCCCUGAUCUCGAGGAAUACCACACAAAAGAUGUCUACUCACCGCACCCAACGAAGCCGGGUCUGUGGAAGUUUCAUGGUAGACUUGAUGAUGUGAUUGUACUCAGUAAUGGUCUAAAGUUCAAUCCCGUUACCAUGGAGAAGAUCAUCGAGGGUCAUCCCUUGGUUUCUCGGGCUGUUGUCGUUGGAUUAGCAAGAUUCCAAACAGCCCUCUUGGUGGAACCAAAUUGGAAUCACUGGGAUGAAAAUAAUUCGGAGAAUAAAUUUAUCGAGGAAAUUUGGCCUACGGUACGAGAGGCUAACAGCAUCAGCCCCGCUUAUGGACGGGUCAUGAAGAAUAGAGUCGGACUAGCAUCUCGCAGCAAACCAUUUAACACUACGCCAAAAGGGAGCACGCAGAGACGGCUUGUAUCCAAUAGCUACAAGGAAGAAAUUGACGUUAUUUACAUGAAUCCGGCCAGCGAUGUGUUUGAAUAUGCUAUCCCCAAGUCAACAAAUCUAGAGAUCUUGACCGAAUCUGUGCGAAAUAUCAUUUCUGACGCCCUGGGUUUCUCUAAAUUCACAGACGAGACGGACCUCUACAGUAUAGGACUCGACUCCCUCCAAACGUUUCAGUUGAGUAUAAUUCUCAACAGAUCUGGUUUUACUACCUUAACCCCUCAGAUGAUAUAUGCACACCCCACUAUUGGAAAACUGUCAAAUCUCCUGUUCUCAAUUUUGAACGGCGUUGAAAAAAAUGACAUUUCAAGAUCUGAGAACAUUGAUAUGUUGGUCAGUAAAUAUACGGACGGCCUUCCUGACCUUGAAAAUACGAAGAGCCACUCUGUAAUUUUGACCGGAUCCACGGGCUCUUUGGGCACCUAUCUCCUCAACUAUCUAUUGAACGAUGAUACCGUCUCUAAGGUUUAUUGCCUGAACCGAUCUGAUGCCAAAGAACGGCAAACUGAAAGUUUUAGGCUAAAGGGCCUAAGGAUUGAAGCUUUGGAUAAGGCUGAAUUCCUCACUGCUUCGCUAAGCGAAGAGCGACUUGGCCUCGAUAAAGAGAAAUACGACGAGCUCAUCCGUACGGUGGACACAGUCAUUCAUAAUUCCUGGAGAAUGGAUUUCAAUAUCUCUGUUAAUUCAUUUGAGGAUCAGAUACAAACUGUUCGCCAACUGGUUGACUUCAGUUUGCAGAGUGUACGCCGCGCUCACUUUUACUUCAAUUCAUCUAUUGGAGCAAUUGGGGGCUGGAAACUUGCGGAUGGCCCUGUGAUACCCGAAGCUAUGUUAGAAAACUGCGGGGUAACACUCAAGUCGGGAUAUGGAGAGGCCAAACAUGUCUGUGAGCGCAUCUGCCGGGCAGCGUCUCGAGCUGGCGUACCAACAACUAUCCUCCGACUGGGGCAGAUAGCAGGUCCUACUACUGAGAAGGGUAUUUGGAAUUCAACAGAAUGGUUACCUUCGAUCGUUGCAACGUCCAAGACGAUUGGAAAGAUUCCUAGGACCCUGGGGUCAAUGCCUGUAGACUGGGUGCCAGUGGAUACUCUGGCUACAAUAAUCUUGGAAAUAGUUGACUCUCGCCGAAUGACGGAGAUAGAGUCACGAUGCUCUGUCUUCCACUUGGUCAACCCGUCUACCACUUCCUGGGAACAUCUCCUCACACCAAUUCAUGAUCACUGCGCCGUCCAGCGAGUUUCCAUGGAAAACUGGAUAGAAGAGCUGGAAAAUAUCCAGAAUCCCUCAGAUCAAGAUAUUUCUACAAAACCAGCAUUGAAGCUGCUCCCUUUCUACAAAAGUUUGGUAGAGGGAGAAGGGGCUCUCUCAGUACCAAUUAGCAUGGAAAGGGCCAAAGAGGCAAGCCGAACUAUGCGAUCAAUGGAGCCAAUUUCGGCAGACCUGAUGGCGACGUGGCUGAGGCAAUGGCAGUUUUAA